CUGUCCCCAUGACCUUUUAAGACUUUUCUGCAAAUGGCUCCUCAUUCCCUGCCAUGGAAAAAAAUAACAGCCAUCACAGGCACCCUUCAGCCCACAGAAUCCUGAGCUUAACCCUUCCAGCAGGCCCUCUCACAUAGAGGUGCACCUCACACAGACACCCCGAUGGACCACAGAGACCUGAGGAUGCAUGUUCACACGUGCACACGCACACUCACGCAUACACCUGCCUCUUCUCAGGUGACAAAUGUGCUUUCCUACCUCAGUGGGCACUUUCUCUGCGAGGGCUGGGUGGUGUUGCCGGGCGGAGCUCUCAGCAGAUCCACAGGGCCCGUUACAACCCCUCCACACACCACUAGUCAUACACUACAGCUGUCAGCAUGCGGCAAGGACCUCUUUCCCCUUCCUUUUUCCUCCCCACAGGUGCAGCAUGUGAAGAGGUUCUGCGGGGGCAGAUGCCACUCCCUCCAAGUGGGUUUUUUCCCACCCACGUAGCCUGUCUUGCCUCAGCCUCUUCGCCCCCACAGAAAAGUCACAGGGCAAAGCAUUAAGCUGUGCAGUCACAGAAGGAACACAGAGCCUAAGAGCGUGAAGGGACAGAGGGGACAGUGUCAAGAGAAGCUUUGAGUUGGUGGAUGAAGGAGGAGACGGGUGGGAGCAGAGGUGCUCAGGGCAAUGGCAGAGGCCAUCACCUAUGCAGACCUGCGGUUCGUGAAGGCUCCCCUGAAGAAGAGCAUCUCCAGCCGGUUAGGACAGGACCCAGAGACUGAUGAGGAUGAGGAACUCACCUACGAGAAUGUACAAGUGCCCUCAGUCUCAGGUGGGCCCGUGAGCUCGGCUUCUUCUGGAGUAGGGGACAAAGCAGGGCUCCAGUUGGAGCGGCCAACUGCGUCCUGGAGCUCCGUGACGUCACCAGCUGCCGGGAGGCUCCUCGCGGGCCGCGCAGCCUGUACGCAGUACCUCCUUCUUGGCCUGCUCCUCACCUGCCUGCUGUUAGGGGUGGCCGCCAUCUGCCUGGGAGUGCGCUAUCUGCAGGUGUCUCAGCAGCUCCAGCAGACGAACAGUGUUCUGGAAACCACUAACAGCAGCCUGAGACAGCAGCUCCACCUAAAGAUAACCCAGCUGGGGAAGAAGGAAGAGGAUCUGCAGGGGUCCAGGAGGGAACUAGCCCAGAGUCAGGAAGCACUACAGGAGGAACAGAAGGUUUGCCAGGCUACCCAAGAGCAGUUACAGGCCUGCUGGUCUGAGAAGGAGAAGACAGAGGAGGCCUUGCAAAGUAAGGAGGUGCAGAGGAUGACCUUGGAGCAGAGGCUGAGCAGCAUGCAGGCCACACUGAAGCCCUUAUUCACAUGCCCCUUAGCAGAUACCUGCUGUCCCGUGGGAUGGACACUGAACGAGAGGAGCUGCUUUUACAUCUCAUAUACGGAGAGAAGUUGGCAGGAGAGCCAAGACCACUGUAAAUCUCUGUCCUCUGACCUGGCCGCAUUCAGUGAUGGUCCUUAUUCUUCACUUAGAAACCUCAACAGUGCAAGGAAGAUGUUGACACAAAUUAGUCCGCCUGGUUCAUUUUGGACUGGUCACAGCUUUAAGAGGUUGCCGCAGGCUGACGGUAAACAGCCCUUUUGGUAUUAUGGUGAAAGCUCAAGAUGUUACAAGGUACAAAGCAAGUGGCCAAGAAUGCAGCAGGAGGACUGUAGUUCUCCAAAUCCCUGCAUCUGUGAGAUGGCAGCUUUCAAGCAUCCAGAUAGGGACCACUUUUUGCCCUGAGUUGGGUACUCAUGCCAACAAGAGCCUGUACCCCUCACCCCUAACUGCAGUCUGCAGGCCCUAAGAUCAUCUCCCUCCAGCGCCCUGUCACUCCGCCUGGGCAGUGCCCAGCCAAGGGCUGAUCCAUGCCCAACACUUCUAGCCAGCCUGCUGCCUGCUUGAAAUCCUGCCCCAGAAACUGGACUGUUCCUGGGAAACGGGUGAAGAAGUCGUUAGAUUUUGGCCUCCCCAAGA